AUGGCGCCCCCUGAUGGAGGGUGGGGCUGGGUGGUCGUUGGCUGCUGCUUCAUGGUGACUGUGUGCACGCGAGCGGUGACCAGGUGCGUGGCCGUCUUCUUUGUGGAGUUUCAGGAUCACUUUGUGGCAGACUACGCGUCGACGGCGUGGAUCCACAGCCUGGUGGACUGCAGCACCAUGCUGUUCGCUCCUAUAGGCAGCCUGGUGGCUAACCGCUGGUCGUCUCGGGUGGCGGUCAUGUUGGGAGGACUCCUCUCCUCGUGUGGCCUCCUCCUCAGCUCCUUCGCUUCCUGUCUGGAGCAGCUUUACUUCAGCAUGGGUGUGCUCGCAGGUCUUGGCUUUGCCCUGUGCUACACGCCGGCCAUCGGCACGGUUGGCUGUUACUUCCACCGCAGGAAGGCGUUGGCGUACGGCCUCGCCAUGUCGGGCAGCGGCAUUGGAACCUUUGUGUUGGCGCCGGCGGUGCAGCUGCUGAUUGAACUCUACACAUGGAGGGGGGCCCUGCUUGUACUCAGCGCCUUGGUUGCCAAUCUGUGCGUCUGCGGGGCGCUGCUGCGGCCAAUAGCGACAAAGCGGAAUGAGGGGGCAGAGCUACAUGGUGAGAAGGCAGAAGGACGACGUAUGCUGAUGCGACGCCCUCCUGACCAUCUUCUUCUUCGUCCUGGUGUAGGCAACCCCAAGCUGGCCAAGGAAAUGGAGGACAACCUUCUGGCCGUAAAGGCCGCCACUCAGCUGAAAAGGAGGCGGUUCUUCAGCCGCCACUUCCCGUCCGUCCAGGGUUACGUCUUCCUGCUGCUGCCAGAAUUUGCGGUCCUUGCGGCGUCCUUCGUCUUCCUGGCAAGCGGCUGCAGCUUGCCUUUUGUCUAUAUGGUGCCUUACGCCCUCAGUGUAGGUGUGGCGCACCAGCACGCCGCCUUCCUCAUGUCCAUCCUGGGUGUCCUCGACAUUGUAGGAAACAUCACCUUCGGCUGGCUGACGGACAGGAAGUGUCUCACGACACGACGAGUGUCGUGCUACGUCUUCUCUGUAGCCAUGGAGGGGCUGUGCUGCCUGGCGGUGCCGCUUCUUCGCUCCUUUCCGCUCCUCGUGCCCUUUGCCGCCCUCUAUGGCUACUUUGACGGUGCUUAUGUGGCGCUGAUUCCCGUGGUCACGUCAGAUGCGGUUGGAGCGGCUUACCUGUCCUCGGCUCUGGGCGUGGUCUACUUCCUCCACGCUAUCCCUUACCUGGUCAGCCCGCCCAUCGGAGGUUGGCUGGUCGACGUCACAGGAAAUUACACGGGCACCUUCCUUCUCAGUGGUGCCGCCCUGCUGGCCAGCGCCCUCAUCCUUGCUACCGGCACGUGUGUGUGCCGCCACAAGACGGCCGUUGAUGAGGACCUUAACUGCGAGCAUGCACGCCACCAGGACUCCCAGCAGGAAGUAGAUUUAGUUUGA